AUUGAAUUUCCGAAUUACGACUUGCUCUUGACCAUUUCGAAAACGAUGUCUCGCGUGCCGAUACCCUCUUCUCGUAUUCCCAAGCCGCAGCCUUCUACUCCUACGAAAUCCCGUAUCAGCACCCCCGUCAAAAAUAGCACACCGCCAAUUAGAACCCGUCCAAAGUCCACAACGCGCUCGACGACACCUUCCAAACCCAAGGCACAAGAAGAUGUACCGCAGCCGCAGCAACCGCCGCCGCCGCCACUGAGCAUCAGAGAGGCGAUUGCGCUGAAACGAGCAGAAGCUAAGAAGGCGAAGGGCAUCGCUGGCUCGAGUAAUCUAGGCUCUCUUGAAGAUGCAAACCCCAUAGCGUCGAAUGUCGCUCCAGAAGAGGAUUUGCUAGGUCGGCUGUCUGUCAAGGAGACCAUAGAACGUGCAAGGAGUACAGGUUCUCUAAAUCUUGCAACGCGCUCGUUGCCGUGCAUUCCUUCCAUUCUAUUCGAGAUACACCUUCGCGUCACGCCCGAACCUCUCAAGUCGGUCCCCAAUGAGCCGCCGUUUGCAUCCGAGUCGUCCUCGGUUCCAAGACGCGGUGGAAAAUAUGAUUCUCCUGCGUGGUUCGAAGGUCAGGACUUGAGGGUUCUCAAAGCCGGCAACAACGCAAUUGAAGAAAUACAACAUGAAAUAUCUAUGUUCGGGUCUCUGAAAGUCGUCGAUUUGCACAAGAACAAGCUCCUCUCUUUGCCAGACACACUCGGAGACCUGUCUUCCCUGACGACUCUAGACUUGUCCCACAAUGCUCUCUCAACUUUGCCACCCACUAUCUUCUCGCUCCCGGAACUGACCACGUUAAAUCUCGCUCACAACCAGCUGACAUCUCUUCAUUUCAAUGCUCCCUUCUCCGAUGGAAACUCUCGAAUCGAAUACACAAGCACUGAUCCCUUCGCACCUGCUGUGAAUCGGUCCGUAACACCCUUACCCCGCCUCAUCGUCCUUGAUGUGUCCCACAACAAACUUGCCUCAGACUCCAUGGAUAUUCCUAAUAUACCCAUAGCAUUGACCAAACUUGAUAUCUCAUCAAACCCACUUGGCAUUAAUAGCUCCGCGACUCGCCAGCUUCUUCAAAAGCUGGGGACAUUAUCCGGCUUGAAAGAACUCAGACUUGAGCACGCAGAAAUUAACGAUGAUGCAUUUCCUUCUGAUUUCUCCAGUGGACCAAUAUUUCCCCGGCUUCACCUCCUAGAUGUUGGAGAAACAGCGGUGACAAAGGAUGCCAUUAAAGUGGCUCUGAAAGGCCUCAAACAGGAUAUCUCGUACGAUUUAACGACGGAAGAGCCCUGCGAAGGGACAAUUCGCGUACUAGUCGGCAAGAAGAUCAUCCGAGAACAAUGGGAGCUAGAAGCGGAGAGAAGGGCGAAAUCCAGGUUCGUCAGAAAUGCUGAGCCAAGCGAGGAAACGGAGUUCAAAACUUCAACAACUGAGAAGGCGGAGAUUGUGAAGGAGGGUUGGGAAAUAGAAGCAGAGCAAGGUUUGCUUACAGAAGGUGGCAAACGUCGCGCUCGAGCGCAGGCAGCUGCAGCAGUUCUAGUAUCAGAGCCCGCACCUCUAUCUGCGUCUAAGCGGCUAGCACCAGUGGUAAAAGAGGCAUGGGAAAUUGAGGCCGAGCAGGGUCUUCUGACGGAAGGAGGAAAGCGUCGGGCUCGGGCUGCCGCUGCUCAGAGAGAUCGAGGAUCUAGCCUAGGACAUGGUAUCCCUUCAAGCAAACCGUCUUCGGGACAAUCUACCUUUUCCCUGGCGACUUCACAAUGUUAUUCCGAACCCACCCAGACUCUCACUCUGCCUCCAUCCGCGCCACCUCCAAAGUCUGCGCAUUCGCGAGCUUUUUCCCUUGCAUUCCAUCCGUCAUCCUCUUCAUCGCUUUCAGCGGCCGAAAUCGCUAUACCAACACCGACCCUUCCCCUAGCCUCCAUUAUGACAGAAGCCUUCGCCGAGAACCUGAGAGUACUCGUCCUAGUGAAUCGUCGAAUGGACCGUUCCUUUAGCUUACCCAUUCAGGACGGGCCUUUCUUACCACAUCUUGAAGAACUGAACCUGGAAGGAUGCAGUCUCGCUGAUCAAGUACCUGUGUCUCUAUCGGACUCUUCGUCCUCUGGCACUACCACUCCCAAGUACACAAACGAGUCGCUUUUACCGCUUCUCACGAGACUAUUUCCGAGUCUACAAACGCUCAAUCUUUCAUAUAAUGCCAUCUCGAGCUCUUGUCUGACAACGGACGCAUUAUCUUCCCUCAUUCUAUGUACAUCACAACGGAAGGGACUGAAACGUCUUAACUUACGGGGCAACAAGAUUACUACGCUUGAUGGCUUGCAGGGUAUUGCAGAGCUAUUCAAGGGCCAUCGAGACGUUCCGGGAUGGAAGUUGGAUGAGCUGGAUUUGAGAGAUAAUGAAAUUGGGAAGCUUCCACCUGAGCUGGGAUUGUUGCCGUUGGAUGUGUUCUUGGUUGACGGUAACCUGUCAGUCUACACACCCUAGCUUUGGCUUCCUGUCUGAACUGAUCCUUCCUAGGUUCCGUGUCCCUGCAAGGAGGGUUUGGGAACGUGAAGGUACUAAGGGUCUUCUGAGCUGGUUGAGGGGACGUAUCGAAUAGGUGCGUAAAGCAGAGGGAUAGCUUCUUGCGGUGGGAAGACUUUCAAGAUGAAAUCAUAUCUCUUUCAAUUGAAUAGUGACUUCUUUUCGUCGUAAACCCAGUGAGUGAACACGAGUCAAGCACUUCACCUCGGACGU